CAGCAUUGGAAACGCCGACUUUGCAACGCUUUUCCCCAACAGCAAUCUCCGACACAAACAAUCUGAGCUCCACAGAGAAAGACAGCCACCAUGAGAGUCGCCAUAUUCGGUUCCUCCUACGUGAAGCGAGCUUCAAGCUUUACAGACUUUGUCAUGCCAUUUGAAGUCGGGUGGUUUGGAGUUGGUGGGAUGACAGCUUCUCAGCCUUGUCCAAAUAUCAUCUCCAAGAUGUUGAGGUACAACCCGGACAUUGUUGUAGUGUGCUUAGGGGGAAACGACAUUUCCAGUGGAGCCGAGGCGUCAACAGUCAUUGACUGUCUGACGAGCCUUUUCGACCAAAUUAAAGUCUUGAGUCCCAGCUGCAGACAACCCGAGAUUUUCUUCUCAGAGAUUGUUUCUAGAGGAAAAUUUCGAUUUCCUUUGCAGCGUGAGGAGUUUGAUGCAAGGCGUAGAACUGUUAACAAUAAGAUGAAGAAAAUCCUUGGCCGAACCUACAUCAGAAUAGAUGUCAAAUUUCCCAGACAUUACCUUCCCGAUGAGAUCCACUUCAACGAGGCGGGAACAGUCCUUUUCUUGCUUUCAAAAAGCAAGACCAUCAAGAGUCACUCCUAG